AUGGUGACCGCCACUUCCAGACCGUUCGAGAGCCGGCUACGUCUGACCAAGCUUCAGUCGCUGCUAAUCUGUCAUCGCCGUCGUGAUCUACCGGGUGCUACCUAUGCUGAGUUGGCUGCGUGGGCUCAAGCCGAGACUCUGAUGGACAUGUCCAGCCAGUUGGAUCCCCAGGCUUUGGCCGCGUUCGUGGACGACAGUGUCUUUGCUCAGAUGAGCGGGAAGCUUGGAGCAGACGCAUCGCCAAAGAAAAAUCUUUUCGUUGCGUGGAUGCUGGACAACUAUCCCAACAAAGCCACACUCCUACUCGAGGCCUCCCAGAACCGGAUACAUGGAUUGAUACGGGUGAAGAUCAGAGAAGCAUACGGGCAUACACGC